GCUGCAAAACUGAAAAUCAUUUAUGUAUUUGCUUGUUACCUAUGAUAGUUAAAUUAAAAACCAUAGGUUAUGGAACAGCGAACGUGAUUCUAAUUUACGAUUUAAUUCUUGAAAUAUUAAUUUAAUGAUAAAUGAAUGUCCCACUGUUACCCUUAGGUCGUGCAUCACUGAACAAGCUAAAGGAAUACAUUGCAGAAGAGGGCUAUCCACAGGUGCUAUUUGAUUUGGGGCGCAAACUGCUGGAUAAUGCAAUAGAGUUCAAUAUGGCCCAUGAGACUCAGCGCUGCUCAACAAGGCCAUAAAGAUGCAGUGUGUCUGCUGCGAAAAUGCUACAAUGCUGGUAAUGGCAUUACGACGGUGCGUCACUGUCUGGCCAUGAUGGCGGGUGUGCGAGCCUCAAGGAAAGCAGCUCGCGAGCUCUCCGAAUGUCUGUUCAAUGGCAACGAGCCCAUUACGCCCAAAAAUGCGACGCAGUUAUAAUUUACAACGCAAACGAUGCUAUAACCAUAGGCUGUGCAAAUGUAGAGAGCCGUUGCUUUAUAACCGAUGCGCAUCUGGUACCGGCUGCCUCAAACAUUUCAGAGUUUGGAUCACUUGCCCUGUUUUACCGCUUGAUCUUUCGUCCGUUGGUUUUCCUUACGUUGCCUACCAUCGAUUUUUUACCUAUAAGUGUACGUUGUAGCCUACUCGUGUUGCUGAGUUGGUGGAGCACCGUACAAAAUAUUGAACGUCAUAUGCUGUCGAUGAUUAGUCUAUGUCUGGGCGUCAUGCUGUGGUCUACGUGUUUCUUGUGGCCGUUUUGUUUACUGUGAAAUUGCUAGCCAAGUUUCCGUAUUAAUUGGACGAAAUUGUUCUGCCUUCAUUGUCGCACAGCUCUCUACCUACGGAUACCUAUCCUACUAGUGCUCCGGACUAAACGCUCUAACUGGUAUAGCGUGUACAGUUACCUAAUUCCACACUGUGUCAGUCUUAGUUGCAUUGUAACCUCAUAGAGCGCCACAGUGAUUAGUGCAAUGCGUGCAGCUCUCGUCCUAGUUGGUGGCCAAGGUGGACUUUUACUGCAUCGCCGGAUCUAGGCAGUGUGAACAUGUAGCGUAUGCUUGUUGCCGGUGGAUGCAUCCAUGCAGGAUCUGAUGCGAUGCAUAAAGCAUUUGUUGAAUGCCCUACUGAGUCCAUCAAUAACAUUUAAAUAGACAUCCAAAUAGCUAUAAAUAUUAUUGAUUAUAAGCCGUUUUAUUUUUAUUUGACUUGUUAAUUUAUUCCAUUAGUAUAGUGGGUGUAACCUCAUAUAUUGCUAAUGAGAUCGCCAACUUUAUGUUUAGCCUCCGAAGGAUCAUCCUGCUGCUGUAUACUCAUCCAAUUCGAAAAGCUGACCGAAUUGCAAAUGUAGACAAGCGACUCACGUAAAAUUUGCUGUUAUUAUUAACAUCACGCUGAUUCUCCCAACUUUACUCAGCCUCGAUGAAAUCAGGUUUAAUAUAUUUAUAAUAUUUAAAAUUAAUAUAAAAAAUAUAUAUAUUAGA